ACAGUAUUUGGAUUGUACUUCUCACAUAAUGCUCCCGGUUGGGCUUAGUUUUACCACUUGCCCAAGAAAAUGGACCUGUUACAGAUCUAGUGAAGAAAGAAAGACAGACUCCCAGCGAGGUACCGCAUCUCUGCUGCUUUCUGACACGCGUGAUGCUAGGAGAGUUUGAAGUGUUUUACUGUGCAUCUCGAUGUGAAUCAAUCAAGUGCACUUUUCAACAGUUCGCUUUUAGAGAGAGGCGCCAUAAAUGAUUUGCCGGCAACUAACAUUCUAAACGCCAUUCAUACUCAAAAGAAAAUGAUAAACUUUUAAUCCGAGAGUCUCUUUUAAAGCUAGUAAAAUGAGAGGGGCGCCCAAAAGCAGACACUCGGACUGUAAUGUUUCAGAGGACAGCGAAGACACGGAGAUCGUAGUCAAUAUCGGAGGUGUACGGCAGGUCCUGUACGGAGCUCUUCUGAACCGUUAUCCGGACACCAGGCUGGCGGAGCUAGCCAAAUGUUCCUCAGGUGGUUAUGACUCGAUAUUCUCUCUCUGCGAUGACUAUGAUCCGGGGAGAAAGGAAUUUUACUUUGACCGAGACCCGGAUUCUUUCAAGUGUAUAAUCGAUGUAUAUUACUUUGGGGAAAUCCACAUGAAGAAAGGAAUCUGUCCUAUUUGUUUUCAGAAUGAAAUGGAGUUCUGGAAAAUUGACAUUAGCUUUUUAGACGAAUGUUGCAAAAGCUCCCUGAGCGAGAAAAAGGACGAACUCCAAGAAAUUGCGAACAAGGUCCAGUUAAUUUUAGAUGAUCUCGGUGGGGAUCCCACCGCUGACCGUUGGCAGAAAUGUCAAAAAUAUAUCUGGAAGUUGAUGGAAAAACCGGAUUCUUCCCUUCCUGCCCGUGUUAUUGCUGUUCUUUCUUUUCUUUUUAUUCUUAUUUCCUCUGUUGUGAUGUGUGUGGGGACUAUUCCGGACCUACAGAUUGAGGACGAUGAAGGUAACCGCGUGGAACACCCUACUCUGGAUGCCAUCGAGACCACCUGCAUCGGUUGGUUCACGGUUGAGUACAUUCUUAGGUUAAUUUCAUCCCCUAAUAAACUUCAGUUUGCUAUGGCGUUUAUGAAUGUUAUCGACGUUUUGGCAAUCCUUCCUUUUUAUGUGAGUUUGACCCUCACUAUUCUGGGGAACACAAUGAUGGAGCUGACAACCGUGCAGCAAGCAGUGCAGGCUCUGAGGAUUAUGCGAAUUGCAAGAAUUUUCAAGCUAGCGCGCCACUCGUCGGGACUCCAGACUCUCACUUAUGCAUUGAAAAGGAGCUUUAAAGAACUUGGACUUCUAUUGAUGUACUUAGCAGUGGGCAUCUUUGUCUUUUCUGCCCUAGGAUAUACAAUGGAACAGAGCCACCCAGAAACUCUUUUCAAGAGCAUCCCUCAGUCAUUUUGGUGGGCUAUCAUUACCAUGACUACCGUGGGAUACGGGGACAUCUACCCAAAGACAACACUCGGAAAGUGCAACGCUGCUAUCAGCUUCCUCUGCGGGGUGAUCGCUAUAGCACUUCCUAUUCAUCCCAUCAUUAAUAACUUUGUUAAGUACUACAACAAGCAAAAAGUACUUGAGACAGCGGCCAAGCACGAACUGGAUUUGAUGGAGUUGCACUCCCAACAGGCGCACGCGCUGAAGGGCUCAUCUAGACGCAAAUCCUACAAGCAAGGUAGUGAUUUUGAAGCAGGAUGCAGCAGUAACCUCCGACUGGCGCAUAGCGACACGUACAUUCCGCUUCUGUCGGACACAAAGCAGCAUAGAACGCGGCUGCAGAGCUGCAAGUGAGCGCGGCUGGGAAGCACACAUCAGCGGGAUUGAUCACAGUUUUCGCUGGAAGGAUACCAAACGUGCGUCAUCUUGUAGAGCAUCAUCUAAUCUUCAUAGUUAAAAUGACAACAAAAAACAACAACAGACUUAAACUAUUGCAAACCAAUUUUCUAUAAUGGUCUAUUAGAUGAUACAGGUUGGUCAUUAUGAUAAAACAAAUCCUGCUAAUGAUUUACAUUCAUGAAUUACAGUAGGUAAUUUUCUCAUACUGCCUGUAUACAAGCUGCAUGAUCAAAACAGCAAUGUAAGUGAUGUGAAUUUUCAAGAAUAAACACAUAAAUAAAUCUGAAAA